AUGACAGAAAAGGAAUGGAGUGAGCUUGAGAACGCGCAGGAUGUCUCCGCUUUCUGUCACAAGUGCCUAAAAUGGGAGGGGCAUCAAUCAUGGGGGUGCCCUAACAAACCCGUGUCACAAGAGGAUAGUGACCGUGCCAGGUCGAUCUGUACUCGCAAGUCAUACUCUCGAUAUGCACGCCCUGGUGGUCAAGGUCAAGGCCAGGAGAGGCAAGGGCAAGGAGGACAACCUCCAGUGAUCAACUCACGCAUGUUCCAUAUUGACGAAGACAUGAGGGAUGACACCCCGCUGGAUGCCGAUAUUAGCACUGGCGAUUACUGCUCCCGCAUGGUCAAGCUAGUAUCCAGUGACGAGGAUGAGAUUGAAGGAACGAGAAUGCCACUCCCAACCUCCAACUACGAGGACUUCCGUACAUUAUUGAACUCACGUGCGGCAGAGGCAAAGCGCAAGGCUGCUACCGUUGAGACUACUACCGAUUCCGAUGCGCCCCCGCGCAAGAGAGAUGAGCCGAAAGGCAGAGAGAUCAUCCGCAUUCCGCGUGAAUUCCUCAAGCCCAUGGCACCAUCUCAAGCCAAAGGACAUGAACAAUGA